UCUGUCCCUACCCAUGUUUUACACACACAGCUCAGCUGAGAGGAAAAAAAGAGAGACGAUCUGAAGUCCAUCCUGGACCAGGCUGAAGCUCCCUUUGUUCCACACUGGCUUCAACAAAAUUAACGGGACAUUUUUUCUCUGUUUGCUUCAGAGGCGUCAGGAAAUAUUAAUGACAUGGACUUACAGGAGGCUGUACAUAUGGAUCAGUGUGGGCCGUGCCUGAAGAGAAGAAGGCACGACAGCGAACAAUCUGUCUCCAGUGGAACCAGCAGCUGUUCUUCUGCUUUGGAGUACACUGAUCUGGAGGCGGCUGAAGCUCUGGUGUGUAUGAGCUCCUGGGGUCAACCUGUGUUUCUCGGUGGCGGCAGCAACAAGCUGAACACCUGCAAGCCCCGGCCCCUCACUCCUGCUUCUGAUUCCUGUGACUCCCUCCUGCCGCUGGAGCUCCAGGAGUCCCCAAGGGACUUUGUGUCCCUCUCCUCUCUGUGUAUGACACCUCCCCACAGCCCCAGCUUUGUUGAGACCUCUUCAAGUGGCUCGGUCCAGUCUUCCCCGACACCCACUGUGUCCACGGCAUUCUCUGGACCUGAGCUCCAUCAACCCAACCUGGCCCACACUCCUGAAAGGACCCUGUCCCUGCCUGCUCCGCCACACCCCUGCAGAGCCAUGGCGACCAGCGUCAUCAGGCACACUGCGGAUAGAGACCUGUGCCAGCAGCACCACAUUCCAGUCACCUCCAUUUCACAGAAAACUGCGAGCACAGUGACUGCAACAGGAACAAUAGUGUGCAUGCAGCAGCAACAGGAAUGCAUCACAAACACACCUCAGUCUCUUCCUGCAGUAGCAACACAGCACCCUGUCAGUCCCUCUAAACCUUCCUUGGACAUUAUCGCCAUCUCCACAGUCAACACCCAACCACAAAGCCCACCCACAGGCUCCCCACCCACCCUCUCUCCUACUUCAGUGAGCAGUCCACAAAUCAUCUGCCAGAUGUUCCCCAUCUGCAGCCAAUCGGGAAUAAUCUCAGCGUUCAUCCCCAGUCCAGGUCAGACCUCCGGUACAGGAAUUCGGACUGCCACAACACCCAUCCUCCCCCAUCCCGCGUCAGCCAACAGUCCCUCCCUCCAGCAGCCCCUUAUUGUGGGCUCAGCAGUGCCACAGGCCACGGUAAUGCUGGUCCUCCCUCAUUCCUCAGUCCCCCAGGCCCCUCAGGGCCAACAGACUGUCAUGACCCUGGGCAACACCAAACUGCUACCUCUAGCCCCAGCCCCCGUCUACAUGCCGGCUGGGCCCUGCAGCAACACGGCAGCCACAAAAAUUGACUUUUCUCGCAGGAGAAACUACAUCUGCAGUUUUACAGGUUGCAGAAAAACUUACUUCAAGAGCUCACACCUCAAGGCUCAUUUACGAACACACACAGGUGAGAAACCAUUCAGCUGCAGCUGGGACGGGUGUGAUAAGAGGUUCGCCCGCUCCGAUGAGUUGUCUCGUCACCGGCGCACGCACACCGGCGAAAAGAAAUUCGUCUGUCCGGUGUGCGAUCGGCGAUUCAUGCGCAGCGACCACCUGACCAAACAUGCUCGCCGUCACAUGACCACAAAGAAGAUCCCCACCUGGCAGGCGGAUGUUCGCAAUCUGAGCAAAAUGGCUGCAGACAAAACUCCUCCCCCUAAGGCUGCCAUUGGCACGCUGAGCAUGCUAGUACCUGCCAGCUCCAAGUAGACGCUGAACAAAUGCCAUCUUUCUCAGUCUGUGCAUACAUUGGUAUGUGGAUGCUCUCAUUGGAAACAAGUAAUGAAAGCCAAGUAAUAUUUUCAUUUCAAAGUAUUAAAUUGAAUCAUGAGCCAUUCCGCCUUUUUGAGGUCAACAACAGGCGAGUUGACAAAUUAGUUCAAUAUUCUUUCAUGUCUAAGAUUUCAAAAAAAUUCAAUUUUUAUACCCUAGUCCAGAAGGUACUGUUUGGUUUCCUCUUGUCUUUCUAGUCAGUUUUAGUAUUUUGUUAUCAAAUUAGCAAAAUUAGGCCUAUAAUUAGGCAUAGCUCUGACCACUAGGUGGCAGAAAAGUGCUUCUAGUAAGAUCCUCAGUAUGUGUGAAAUAUGCAUCAACUGGCAUUAGUGGGAUUGGAAAUGGUUUGAGGCCAAAACACAAAAGUAAUCUGCGUGGAAUUAAGUUUGUUUUUUUUGUUACAAGUUAGCAUUAUUUCUACCCACAGAUAUUUACUUCCACAUCUCACCAAAAUGGCUAAUCCAGA